AUGUUCACGGAACAGGUUGUGCACCAGGUGAUGAGGCCGCCCUCAUCAGGAGGCAGGGAGAUGGUGGAGGAAGGUGAGGCCCUGGAGGAGGGAGAGGUGUCGGGAAUUGGGCAAGAGUUCCAGUUGCUGGUGGAAGAUAUCAUUGAGGAGGUUGAAUUGGUGGUGGAGGAGAAGCAGGGGAAGGUGUCCUCGCAGGAGUUGGAGGAGAAGUCGGAGGAGCAGGGCCAGGAACAUCCAAUGACAGGAGCCUCGAGUGACCAGGCCCCACUGGAGGAAAUGGAGGCGUUGGCAGCCCUGCAGGUGGAGCUGAACUCCGCGAAUAAGAAGGGCCCCAAAGCCUAUCUUCGGCUCCAGAGAAAGGGCCAUCAAAGGAGAAAGCGUCCCUUGAAUCAGAGAAGUGCCAUCAUCCAGGGCAUCCCUGGCUUCUGGGCCAAAGCCUUUGUGAACCACCCCCAGGUGACAGUCAUGAUGAGUGACCAAGAAGAAGAAAUGCUUAGCUACAUGAAACACUUGAAGCUGCAGGAACUAGGCCAUCCCCAGUCCCGCUGCAAGCUGGUAUCUUCCUUUUGGGACAACCCCGUCUUCAGGAACAGAGUGAUCAUUAAGGAGUACUACCUUGGCAUCCCUGGAUAUAGGGCAUGUACUUCCUCUCCAGUCCACUGGUUCUGUGGCGAUGAAUGGGGAGUUCCCAGCCUCAGGCUGGACACCCGCAGCCUGAACAUCUUCAACAGUUGUUGA